CCGUGUCUAACAACGGAGAAGUUGAUAACAGCCGUGUCUAACAACGGAGAAGUUGAAACAGCCGUGUCUAACAACGGAGAAGUUGAAACAGCCGUGUCUAGCAACGUAGAAGUUGAAACAGCCGUGUCUAACAACGUAGAAGUUGAAACAGCCGUGUCUAGCAACGUAGAAGUUGAAACAGCCGUGUCUAGCAACGUAGAAGUUGAAACAGCCGUGUCUAACAACGUAGAAGUUGAAACAGCCGUGUCUAACAACGUAGAAGUUGAAACAGCCGUGUCUAGCAACGUAGAAGUUGAAACAGCCGUGUCUAACAACGUAGAAGUUGAAACAGCCGUGUCUAGCAACGUAGAAGUUGAAACAGCCGUGUCUAGCAACGUAGAAGUUGAAACAGCCGUGUCUAACAACGUAGAAAUUGAAACAGCCGUGUCUAGCAACGUAGAAGUUGAAACAGCCGUGUCUAACAACGUAGAAGUUGAAACAGCCGUGUCUAACAACGUAGAAAUUGAAACAGCCGUGUCUAGCAACGUAGAAGUUGAAACAGCCGUGUCUAACAACGUAGAAGUUGAAACAGCCGUGUCUAACAACGGAGAAAUUGAAACAUCCGUGUCUAACAACGGAGACUAA